GCAGGAGUUUAGUCGGUGCCGGUCCCGAAACGCGUUCACGUCUGGACAUUCUACGGGACACAAUAUCUAAGAUGGCAACAAAUAUGUACAUUUGAUAGGGCAGUCGAUUCGAGGAAAAAUCCGAUUCUGUUCGACUAGAACAAUACGGCAUAAUGAACGGCUGACGAGGUAUAAUACGCGGCAUGAACGGAUAGUUGAGGGACCGGUGGUUGUCAGUUUAUUCCUUAAAAUUCCGAAACGAGUUCAGCUUCUCGGGGGUGUGAUAUCGCUUUCCGUUUAACCAAUUUGCCAUAUACGACUGUUACCUGCGCGAGAUAGACGCGGUGUGUGGGAAGUUAGGCAUUCCAAUGGCACGCCCGUGACCAAUGGUUCCACAAGAUAAAGACGGGAGACGAAGAAAGCGAUUCUCACCUUAGGGGCUAGAGGGAGAAGAAAAUAUGGGUAAAGGAGACAAGAGGGGUAUCGCGCAGCGUAGCGAUGCAGGCACGAAUCUCAUGGGCAAAUUCACACAGAGUGUCCGGAGAAUCGUUCAGGAUGUAAAGGAUGAAGGAACAUCAAGUGGACAAACUAAAGAAGAGGUGAUCGAAACAAACGAAAGAUUAAGAAUCGUAAGGAUACGCCUCGACGGAAGCUACGAGAUCGCUAAACGUGCCCUUGUUGAACUCAUGUGCAAAUAUACUGAUAGCAAGCAAGUUCGUAACGUAUUUCAACGUUACAACCUGUUAAAACUAAUGAUUAAGGAUGUCAUCAAGUUGGAGACUCAAUACUGGACACUGGUGGAUAUACCUAAACAGGAAAAACAGGAAACAGUGCCUGCCUUUGUUCUACGCGCAUGUUCCAUUAUGGAGAAGACCCACAAAAGCGGGGAGGGUGUGAAAACUUCGGCCCGUCUGGCCGAGGAAGCUGAUACCAAAAGAGAACGCAUUGAAAGACUCGAAAGUAUGACAACAGCUCAAAUUGAAGCAGAGAACACUCAAAUGACUAACGACCUGUACAGAUUAUUGAAAAAGUACACGGGGCUGAGAAAUCUCAUUCGAGACUUAAAGGAGGAAUACAAUAGCUCAAAAGUGUAUCCAAUCUUUCCCCGUUAUCCGAUCCUGAAGGACAUGAUAAAGGAUAUAAUGCAUAAUCCAGACUAUAUGGAAGUUUGUCACGAGGUGGACCAAGCAUAGCGGCCAGACCCCCUCCACCGCUCGCCACGUAUGACCUUGUAAAAAGGAUCUUAGCGUGGACGUUGGUGAAGGGGGUGUACCAGAAACGAGCCUGAGCAAGACUUUCACUUCUCCAUUCAUGGUGACUGAUUACCGCAAAUUCUGUUUUAUUUCACACCUAUGGUCUCUAUAAAAAUAUACAUAUCUGUAUUUAUAGCACUUUUCGUCUGAUGAUAUUCAGCCGGUACAUAUUUACAAGAAACCAUACAUCACCUUGUGUGUACGCUAAUUAAUAAUAU